GCCACUUCAUCCUUCGCCCUCGUGUUUGCCGCCCAGCCACUGAGAAGGAAGAAGUGGCACAAAACGAAUCUAUUGGUGUGGUCAAAGUUAAAAUAAGAAGCGGCGUAUCUUCGGAGCCCACAUAGCAGCGUAUUGGAGUACACAACUAGCAGUAGCAGGGCGCUUAAAGCCCCAUGUGACUUGAGACACGUACAGGUUCAAGAUCACCACAUCCAGCAAUCCACGUCGCAGCGCAGCAUGCGCAUGAACGAUCCAAUCCGUGGCAGCCUCAUAUAGUCCUGGGUGUGGCCUGAUUUCCUCGGUCCUUGUUCGCCUUUCUUUUUGUCCUUGUUGCCUUGGGCAUACAGUCAUUUCCAAGCCACCACUCAGCUAUCCAGAAACAAGUGCCGGUCACUUGCCUUAAUACUAGACCUCGAAGUCGAAAGAGCCGAGAGCCAGUCACCAUGCUGUCCUCCCUGUUCACAAGCAUCCUCCUCUUCCUCUCCCUCCUGCACCUGUCGGCAGCCGUACCCGGUCCGAAGCCCUCCGUCGCCCAAGAGCAAAGCCAGGUUGAAGUCCGACAAGUCUCCGCCACACCUUCACAGGCAGAUCUAUGUCUCGACUACGAGCGCACAGCCAACAUGUCGACCAUCGGCGCUAACGGCACAUACCGAACUGUCCUCCUUCAAAAGUCCAGCACGGGCACCAUCUACAAUGCGCGCAUGAUGGAUGCCGCGAUCAGGAAGCUGCCGGUCCUGACUGCAGAUAAGACUUUGAACACGGCGUGUGGGAACUGGACUGAGAUUGCGCUGAGAGAGGCGGAGAAAAACUUCACCAUGGGGGUGGUAGCACAGUUCACGACUGAGGGAUUGCCCGUGGGGAUUCUGGCUGGGCCGAUGGUGUUGGCGGUCUGCGGAUCUAUUGCUCUGUUGUUUUCGAUUGUUUGGGUCAGUGGGUAGAAGAUGCGGAUGGGACGGCAAUAUUGCUGAGUUUACAAGUAUCGAGUGCUCUCGGAGUGUCAAUGCUCGAACUCGCUGGCUUAUGUAGAGUACAACGAUAUAUCAUGAUAUGUUUGUUGCCUUGCGGUAACUAAGAACUGUCAGCCAGAAAGCCGCUCGGGAAAGUCACGCUGGCGCGAGAGAGAUGGUGCACCCGUGCGCCCUCGCCCGUUUUGCCAUAGAUGUCGGCUAUCUAGAUAACUGUGGCUACAAACAGAUGUUUGUAGAUAACUGAAGGCCCUAAUCUGCAAGUUCUGUCUUAACCGAUGUCACUAAACGCCAAUGAAGAAUUCGAAAUCAUCA